CCACUGGAGCAAUAUAAGUGAAUGGAGCAUACGGACGUUGUUGCUGGCAUGACAAAUCUUUUAAAAGACUUCUGAUUUCUUGCAUAUAAGUACAUUUUAUUUGGUUUCGCUUCAGGACUUUGUAGAACGCAUUGUGAUUGUCUUGGUGUGGGUGUAUUUAGUUGCAAGCUCAUCCCCAGCUUUGGAGGUUCUCUGACAUGUCUACCAGCUUACAGCUCCUUGGAACUGCACUUGGCAUUCUCGGCUGGCUGGGCAUCAUCAUAUCAUGUGCCCUUCCUCUAUGGCGUGUGACCGCUUUUAUUGGGACCAACAUUGUGACGGCGCAGAUUAUGUGGGAAGGGCUGUGGAUGAACUGUGUGGUGCAGAGCACUGGCCAAAUGCAGUGUAAAGUGUAUGAUUCCAUGCUGGCUCUUUCUCAAGACCUACAGGCCUCUCGAGCAAUCCUUAUUAUUACUUCCCUUGUUGGUUUGGUAGCAAUAUUUGCCAGUUUUGCAGGUGGUAAAUGUACUAACUGCUUGCAAGACGGUUUCACAAAGGUCCGGGUUGCUGUAGCAGGAGGGGCCUCCUUUGUCACUGCGGGGGUCUUGGGUUUGGUGCCACCUAGUUGGACUGCCCAUCAGGUCAUUGGGGACUUUUACAAUCCUCUAGUGGCCCAUGCUCAGAAGAGGGAGUUGGGAGCAGCUAUCUUUAUCUGUUGGGGGGCAGCGGUUCUCAUGCUGAUUGGCGGAGGACUCCUCUGCAGCUCUUGCCCAAAAGGAACAACGUCCCGUGGGGGUCGGUAUAUGGCAGCUUCUCAAAAUGGAAGGGAGCGCUUGGAGUAUGUGUGACUGCAGGAUGUUUGACUACUCUUAAACUCCAUCCACAAAUCAGUUCUCAGUGUUAUCUUUUUAAAUGUCUGUUUGUGUGGCAUUUUUUUGUGACCGGAAUUUCAACCUGUUGCAGAAUUGCUGUCAGUUGAGCUAAUAAAAUACCAUGUUUAUCCAA